GUAGUGCACCGAGCUGGUUUGCCAAUCCCAAAGAAGAAGAUUCUCACCUUUCGCCAGAUGUGUUGUAAUGGCGCUGUAGCACACGUGCGGGCGCGGCCCGUAAAAACGUCGAAAUGGACUUUUUUUGUACACUCAUUUUGAUUUUCUUGGAGUAUAUACUCCAUGUUCAGUGCGAGAGACACUAUCUCCAGUUUGUUUACACCAUCCUCACCAAACCUGAUGGGUUCUCCGGUCCUGUGUUCAGUGCAGUGGGUCUGUAUGAUGACAGACAGAUCUCUUCCUACAGCAAUGAAGAAGGAACCUGGAAAAGAGACUGUUUGGAUGCAGAAAUCUGGAGAGACACCGAAGAACCUCAUGAUUCUAGAGACUGGUUCAUGAAUCUGGUUAACACUCUGACAAACUGCACAAGCUCCAGAUGUGAUGGCCUCCAUACACUCCAGAGGAGAGUCGGCUGUGAGGUGGAUAUGAAUGUGAAUGCAUUUGACGAGUAUGGAUAUGAAGGAGAGGACUUUAUUGCCUUUAAUUAUUCCACAUUGCAGUGGGUUGAUAAAAGUCCAAAGGCAAAAGAAACCAAAAUGAAAUGGGUCGCUGACAGAUUUCACAAUCAGCAUCUCCAGUCGUACCUCAACAGCUGCAUGGACUGGAUCUCAAUAUAUAAUGCUUCGAUAAGCACUCCUCCAGUUCUUCACAUGUUUACAUCUGCAGCUCCUCAAGACCAAAGCGAGCUGAUUCUGAGCUGUCUGGCCACUGGCUUCUACCCCAAACACAUAGAGAUGAACAUCACACUAAACAACAUUACACUCCAACCCUUCAGCUCUACUGGAGUCAGACCCAGCGAUAACCAAACCUUUCAGAAGAGAACCAGCGUGAAGAUACACAGAGAUGAGAAACAGAGUUAUGAGUGUCGUGUCCUUCACAGCGGCCAGACAUUUACAACAUCAUGGGAUGGAAGUCUGGAAUCUAGAAGUCAUGAUUGGGCCGCUGUAGCUGCAGGUGCUUUUGCGAUUGCAGUUCUAUGCAUUAUGCCUUUAAUCUACAAAAACAGAAGGUUCAGUGGUGAGUUUAUAUUAAUUAAAGGAAUAAUUGACCCAGAACUGAAAAUUGUCAUUAUUUACUCGCCCUCAUAUUAUUCCAUAUUAUUCAUAUUAUACACAAAAAUAGAUAUUUUUGAUGAACAGUCACAACUGCAAACAGGACAAACAUUAUAACAGCAUGUUUCAAAU